CGAGCAUUCAGUGAUUCAAUUCGUUCUAUAAUUUACUUAAAAUUAAAACAUUAAAUUUAAAAAAAGUUAAGAUUAUUUUAGGGUUUUCAAACUUUUGAUAAUUUAAAAUUUUAAUUUCAUUGAAAUUAUUGUAAAAAUGUGGGAAAAAGUUGUUAUUUUGUGUUUGAUAGUAAAUUUAAUUGCGUGUCACAAUAUUGGUAAAAGUGAUGAAGCAACAACUGAUUUAGAAAUUUUUCACAAUGAUAUGAAACAACUACUUGAGCUGUGCUUUCCUGAUAAAUUGAACCCUGCAGUUAUAACUGUUGACUUGAUUGACAUCAUGUUCGAAAUUUCAAUAAACGAAGUGGUCAACGCGUCCAUUGUAACGAUCGAUAGUGAUUUCGAGUCAACUGUGAUGAAAUGGCACUAUCCAAAUCAUCCCUCGUACAUUAUAUCAGCAGAGUCUGAUAGAAAACUAAAAGCUCUUCUUCACGAAAUAAAAUCGUCGAUUAUUUGGAACGUCGAGUCAUUGGUUUUCGUUGUUGGCGAAAACUGUGGAAAGGCGAUGAAAGUACUGAGGAUGGUGUGGAACAUUGAAGCCCUUGGAUCAUUUUACGUUUGUCGAGAUCAAGUCAACAAAAGUACGCUGGUGUAUACAUUUAACCCCUACACUGAUAGAGCACCGAAACCCUGGAGUAGAGUUAAGAAGAAAUCGAAAGAUAAUCGAUGGACAUUGUAUAGGCAGUCAUUUAAAAACGAUUCGGAAUUGUGUCAAAGUUAUCAUUUUGACAAAACCAAAAAUCUGGACGGUUACCCAGUGAAAGGUUAUGCACAUAAUUUACUCUUUGAUGUUUCAUCAAAUGAAUUUACACCUGAAGCACUCAAUCAGCAAAUCGGGAACCCGUAUUUCGUUUUUGAAAACAUAUUUUCAAUGUUGAAUGUCACACCGGUGAUGAACUACUAUAUAAUUGAAGAUGAUCCUCAUUCUGCCAGAACUAAAAGAUUAUUUAAUAACGGUAUUUACGAUGUAUGGAUGGAUUUAAAACCACUCGAUCUACUUUAUUACGAAUAUCUCGAUUUUAUUCCGCUAUACUCAGAAGAAGGCUACACGAUAAUAACAAACUCACGUUCUGUUCCAAUCCUUGAGGAAAUAGUCGACGGUAUGUUUAGUUAUCAAACUCUGAUACUUUCGAUUAUCAUUCUAACUAGUAUCUUCGUACUUAUUUUAAUCAAUAAUAAGUUCAAUUUUAUCGAGACCUUUUUCGAUAUCUUGUUAUUGGUAUUGAAUAUGGGGAUGAGGACACCUAUAGAGCGUUUAUUCAUGCGUAUAACUUUUUUAUCCGCAUCUUUAUUUAUGUUGAUGUUUAAUCCGGCAUUAGAGGGUCAACUCAUGGCUUUGCUGGCAAAACCGAGUUACCGUAGGGUCGAAAAUUUAGAUGAUUUACAUUCAAAUAAAUAUAAAGUCUUCUUCGACGAUACAAUCCGCGAUUAUAUAGCUGACACACAAUUAUGGUCAAGUGAUUCUGAUAAGGAAUACUUGUAUGAGCAAAACUCGUUUGAUUUUGGUCGAUGCUACGACCGAAUUACGAGAGAACAUCAUGAUCCGGUAGAAAUCCGUAAUUUGAUAUUUGAUACACUCCCGUUUAUCGAUCCAGUUCCGAUGAAUGAUUCACUUUCAGUAAAUGUUUCUCUUCUGAUUAAUGAUUCCCGUCCGAUUAAUAUGUCGAGUCAGAUGAAGAGCGUAUUUCCGGAAUAUGAUUCAGUUACGAAAAAUACUUUAGCGGCUUGUAUAUUUGCUUAUAAGUAUCGUGAUUCUGCAUUAAACGACAAUCUAUACAUAUCGAAGGACUUAUUAUUCAAAUCCUACAACGUGUUUAUGAGUCGUAAACGUUGGAGUUUGAAAAACAAAAUCGAUAAAGCAGCAAUGAAUCUUUUUGAAUCCGGUCAUAUUCAUUACGUCGAACGCUUUGAACGAUAUAAAGAAUUAAAAAGAAAAAAGAAAUUAGCUGCUAGAAUCGAAUCAUAUAAAAGUGGAUUUGAUCAAUUAGAGUUCGAAGAUUUUCGAAUAGUUUAUAUUUUCGGUACAUUGAGCUUAAUGUGGACAGUCACUGUUUUUAUUUUUGAAAUAAUGUUCAAAAAAAUGACGGAAUCAUAUGACAAACGAUUACGAAAAUUAGAAAUGAAACGAAUUAAAAUACAGCGAAAUUUAGCAUUGAUCAAUAAACAACCUGCCGUUGCUGAAACACGGGUUUAAUUAUUCGUAUUGCUGUAAUAUUGCGUAACUUUUAUAAAUACAUUCAUUCAUUUAUUUUACACAGUGUCAUUGAAUUAAUUGACAGAUAUUUAAAAUACUUAUCAAAAAUGCAUUGUAAAGGAAAAGGUUCCUCGCAUAAUUGAGUCGGAGUUUUGAAUAUUAAUCUAACGUUUUAAACAUAAUUUAAAAAAAAAAAUUGGUAAAACGAUUUUCUAACUAUUCGAUUUGCAGAACGUUCGAAAUUACCAAAUUACAAACCGUAAAAAUUUUGCUCUCGUUCAAAAUUAUUUAAUUUUUGACCAUGAAAUCGAAUAACAAAUGAUUUUACGUUAUUUUAUUAGUUUAUAAAAUUGUAUAUUCCAUUUUCUGCCCUUGAACUGAGUAAUUAAAUAUUGCGUGUUCUGUUGUUUGACUUAUGUAUCUAUUGAUUGAUAUUGUGUGUAGUUAAAAUGAUUGACAUUGAAAUAAAAUAUAUAAAACUUGAAAAUUAUUGAUCGCCCGUUGGCACAGAACCAAAGAUUUUUUUUUUUGUUUUUGAUAAAAAAAGUCACAUAAAAUUCUUAUGAAAACCGUUCCUUGAUGUGGGAUUUCUAUAGCAACUACACGAAAAGAAAAUU